UUUUUUAGAGCAACUUUUUAAACGGCCACAACAAACGCUCCUCGGGGGUUAGUUUGGGGAUUUCAGCCCAUCAAAGAAUACUAAUUUGAAUUUCGAAACAGUUUGAAAUUCAAAAUUGUUGCCGUUAUAUUUGCGGAUGGCUGUGUAUAUAGAAUCCGCCAUUUGCACGCAGAAGAAGACCUAAUUCUUCCCCAAUUUUGAAUCGCAUUUUCACGCACACACACACUUGAAGAAGAGAGAGAAAUGGAAGAGAAACCGAAAUCUGCAAUGGAGGCAUUCGAGAAGCUUGAGAAAGUUGGAGAAGGAACAUAUGGGAAAGUGUACAGAGCGAGAGAGAAGGCCACCGGAAAGAUAGUGGCGUUGAAGAAAACGCGCCUCCAUGAAGACGAAGAAGGGGUGCCGCCAACUACUCUUCGCGAGGUUUCGUUGCUCAGAAUGCUGUCUAGAGAUCCCCAUGUGGUCAAAUUGAUGGAUGUGAAACAAGGCCAGAACAAGGAAGGCAAGACUGUUCUAUACUUGGUGUUUGAGUACAUGGACACUGACGUCAAAAAAUACAUCCGCAGCUUCCGCCAGACUGGGGAUAACAUUCCUAGCAAAAUUGUUAAGAGCUUAAUGUACCAGCUCUGCAAAGGUGUUGCCUUCUGCCAUGGUCAUGGUGUUUUGCACAGGGAUCUUAAGCCGCAUAACCUUUUGAUGGAUCGUAAAACAAUGAUGCUUAAAAUAGCUGAUCUUGGACUAGCUAGAGCUUUCACUGUGCCAAUUAAGAAAUACACUCAUGAGAUAUUGACCCUCUGGUAUAGAGCUCCUGAGGUGCUUUUGGGGGCUACGCAUUACUCCCCUGCUGUGGACAUGUGGUCUGUCGCAUGUAUAUUUGCUGAAUUGGUGACAAAUCAAGCUCUCUUUCCUGGAGACUCUGAGCUGCAACAGCUUCUACACAUCUUCAGAUUGCUGGGAACUCCGAACGAAGAAGUUUGGCCUGGAGUUAGCAAGCUAGUAAACUGGCAUGAAUACCCACAGUGGAGCGCCAAGCCACUUUCGACAGCUGUUACUGGUCUGGAUGAGAAUGGCCUGCAUCUUCUAUCUGAAAUGCUGCACUAUGAGCCAUCAAGGAGGAUUUCAGCCAAGAAGGCUAUGGAACAUCCCUACUUUGAUGAUCUUGAGAAGUCUCUUCUCUGAAAGUUGGGCCCUGAUUUUACAAUCUCUGCUUGCUUCCCUCGAGCAUAUAUUUGGCCAAUGCUUAUUGACAUUUUGCUGAUUUUACAGAGUAGAACAACUAUGCUCUGUUUUCAAUAUUGUAUUAGCUGUAGUUUAAGACUACCCAGUAUUGUAGUAUCUUACUAUUAACUAUGAAAUUUGCUUGAAUUUUGUAA